CAUUGGUUCACCACCCAAACGGACCUUGUUCCGCACAGCCUUGAUUUUGUACCUUUACCUCAGCGUAGAAACCAAACCCCCCGACCAUCAUGGCGCUUCCGCGGCAACUACGAGAUGAAAGUGACUUUGAUCAGCUUCCAGAUAACAUACCCAUCAGUGCUACCAUAGCAGACAUUGUGGAGAAGAAGGGGUUCAUUGUCUACUAUCAAUUUGUGAUAGAGGUGAAGACUAAGGGAGGUAGCAAGUACCUGAUUUACAGACGCUACCGCCAGUUCUUCACCCUACAUCAAAGUAUGGAGGUCAAGCUCGGAGCUCAAUCAGGCUCAUGCACUCUCCCCACCCUGCCAGGGAAGGUAUUCAUGGGAAAUAAGCAGGAGAUAGCCGAGAAAAGAAUCCCAGAGCUCAACACUUACAUGAAGUGGGGGGAAGUGCUAGCACUUGACGCUCUGGUCUUUUAUCACCUGAAGAGAAGCUUGUCCCAAGCCAAACCUUCCUCUUUCUUACUCUACAGGAAAACCAUCAAGCCCAAAACUGAUCUGCUCUCCUCCCCCAGGGCUGAGGCGAUGUUUGACUUCAGCGGGAGCGGGAAGCUGGAGUUGAGCCUUAAGGCUGGUGAGGUGAUCUUCCUGCUCAGGAGAGUCAACGCCGACUGGCUGGAGGGGACAGUGAGGGAUAGGACAGGGAUUUUCCCAGAAUCCUUUGUGAAGAUCAUCAAGCCGCUGCCGGGGAGCGAGUCUGAUGAUGAGGGGGCAGACGUGGGCUCCAAGGCCCCCGGGGUCAGCGCCUACAGCUGCCUGCGCUGCUACCUGCUCCAGCCCCAGGGCAUCGACACCAGGGACCUGUGUGUGGAGGAGGACCUCUCUACACAGCCCACCUACAUGGAGCUGCUGUCACGGAUGAGGGACGUGUUCCAGGUCCAGGACAUCGCUCUGAACUACCGCGACCCUGAGGGGGACCUGGUGCGCAUCCUGGACGAUGAGGAUGUGACACUCAUGGUGUGGGAGAGCAAAACUCACAAGUCAAAGGUCAAGCGGCCGGUCAACCAGUACCCCUGGGAGCUGCACGUUACACUCUCCUCUGACCUUACUGUUUACAACACAGAGUUCUAGGCUCACGUGGCUGUGUGUGUGUGUGUAAAUGUAAGUGCAAACAUGUUCAUCUCUUUUCAUGGGCACCAUGUUUUUUAUAUUGUAUAAGGAAUGUUAUGUAAAGGAACAAACUUCUACUUGUAGCUGUAAUGUUGCCUUCUUGACUCUUCAAGCAGUAUUCAAAUAAACAUCUACCACUGAA